UCCACUGUGGCUGGGUUCCCGCACGCAGGCCCAGGCCUCGCCCCCAGAAGGGCCCCUCCGUCGAGCCCACGGCCCCUCCUCUUCCCUUCCUCUGCUGGACAGUAGAGUGGCCUCAGGCGGGACAGGUGUGAUCCAGGCUGGCGAGUUUCUCCUGGUCUUGCCAGGCCACCCACCCGCAGGCUCUGAGCACGCGGCCAACGUCGCCAACCGUGGGUGGCGAACGUCGGCCUUCUCCAGGCCAGCGCUGGGAAUGAGCCCCUCCCUGGGCCCCUCUGCCGAAGCGGCCCGGAGACCCUACGUGCAUUCUGCAGCUGGAGGAGGCCGGGGCUGGAGCGACCAACUCAGACCCAGGACUCAGUGCCCCGCCUGUGACCCUGCUGACUCCGGCUGCCGGCCUCCUGCGCACAUCCCCUGCGGACGCCUCUGGCUUCUGUCCUCUCUCCGCAGCGAGGGCUGAGCCAGGAGCAGGGGAGCCCCAUCCCUCCGCCAGCUCCCCCACGGCAUCCCCAGAGGAGGGGCACGCCUGUCCAUGGGAUGGGUCUGAGGUCACAUCCUGAGCAGACCUGCAGGCGACCUCAGCCCCUCCCUGCACCCCGCGCAUGCCCAGUGCUGAAUCCUCAGCUUCUCCAGGACGGAGCCUGGAAGGGGGCUCUCUGGGCCGCAGCUCCAAGGUUGGAACCUGGGAUCAGCUCCCCACCGAGACACGUGGUGGACGUGGGGGCUCAAUAAAACCGCCCACAUAGGCUCCCAGUGUGGGCCAGGCUCAAGGAAAGGUCAGAUAGGCCACCCCAAAUGCAGCCUAUCAAUCCGAUGACGGCUGGUCCCCAGCUCCCAGCCUUAGCAAGGAUAGCAGCGACACCAGCACCCGGCAGCGUCCUGCCUGUGGCCAAAGCCCGCCAGGCCAGCCGGAGGGAGGGUCUGUGAGACGCAGCCGGGUGCCCAGGAAAGUCUCCCAGGACUGUGGGGCACACACAGCACGGUGGAACCCCAGGAGGACACGCCUGUCCCCAACACUUCUCCAGCAACCGGCCCUGGAGGCCAGGGGAGUCAGGGCUGGACCCGGCGCAAAGCACCUCCAUCUGCCAUCGAGGGAGGCACUUAGGGGUUCCAACAACCCUGGGUGGGGGAGAGCGCAGACAAAGGGGGUGACAGCGAGGACGACACUGGCCCUGGGUCGCCCCGCAGGGCAGGUGGAUCAGCGCCGUGGCUCAGGGCAGUCCUCAGCUCAUCCAGCAAAGCCGCGGGGCGGCCAGGUGUGGGAACCACAGUGCCCACCUCACAGCAAAGGGGGGCUGCGGGAGACAGGCGCUUCCCCGGCAGCCCAGGGGACAGGACAGGCCCUGAGUACCCCCCCUUCCGUCUCUCUGUCCCUGGUCUGUCCCCAGACCUGCCGGCUGGGGGCUAGAGGCCAGGACCACGGGCCCCCACCCCAACCUCCGCCCAUCCCGGACCCUCGCGGCGGGGAGGGAGGCACUCCAGCUCCAAGCUCCGGAGGAAGAACCGAGCCAGUGCCUGCCCUGGGGCCUGGGGACUCCACGGGCGCCGCUGCGGGCACGCGCCCGCCACAGGCCUGUGCUGGAGGCCCGGGGGAGGAGCAUGUGGUCAGUGUGAGUGCCGGGGGCUGUGAGUACGGGUGCGAGCAUACCCCCGUGGGCGUGCAGUGCUCACACCGGUGAGCAGCACGGGUGCAUGCGCGUGCAUGUGAGCAUGAGCACGUGUGUGCAGGCGCAUUUGUGCGUGUGUGAGCACACAGCACACGUGUGUGCGCCUGUCUCAGGGUGAGCGUGUCAGCACGUGUGAGACCAUCCACGUGAGCACGGGAUUGUGUGCACACGCAUGUGGGAGUGUGAGCACACUCGCAUGCACGGGCGCGUGUGUGAGGCCGCGAGGCAGGUCAGCUGGCCUGGGUGGACAGCAUGCUGGCCCAGGGCAUGCGUGUGCACAAGUGCGAACAUGUGCCAGGCACGGCACCGUGCGGGGCUGCGUGUGACCGGGUGCGAGAGACCUGGGGGUGGGGGGUCACAGCAGGACAGCGUGCCCACCCCUAGCGACCCUGUGGGCGCUUACGUCCACACGGAGGACAGGAGGGCCAGGACGCCAGCUCUCCAAAUUCCCACGCUGGGCGCGGGCUGACACGCGUCCAGAACGGAAACGGAAAAGUGAGCGGCAAGGCAGGAAAGCAGAGGGCGGCCGUCCCCAGGCCUCGCGGCUGCCCCCCGGCUGCUCCUUCCCUAACGCCCCCACCAGCGGGGCCCAGAGGAGGCGGCGGCCGUCCCGGGAGGGAGAGCUAUAGGGCCAGCCUGCCAGGCAGUCAGCAGCCUGGGCUUCCGUCCCCCGGCCAGCCCCACAGCCCGUCCUGGGCUCCGGUGACAACGAACCAUGUCAGCCCCUCCCUUACUGAUGUGAAGCCCUCACAGGCCACAGAUUUUUUUCUAGCUCCCCCGGCAUCCCCCGGGCAGCAAGAAGGCAUGAGUGAUCAAGAUGGGGCGGGAAGCCCGUGGAGAAAGCUCCGGGUGGUCACUCCACAGUGUCCUCCCCAGGACCCGGUCAUCUCUGAGGGUCUGCUCAGAGUCAAGGGCACGGCUGUCCCAUGCACUCUGGGCUCACACGGGGGUCCGGAGGGCUCCGAGGUCCUGGGCCCCCAGCCACGGCCACGGCUUCCAGACCCAGUCCCCACUGUCCACGCACCCAGAGUCUGACCCCUUCUCACCAUGCUCCCUGAUCCCCCAGGGCCAGCCCCGAGGUGGCUCCUCGACUUUGCCUCUGCCCUCCACAGCAGACCGUGUCCCUGCCCCACUCAGACCCUGCCCUGGCUCCCUGUCCUUAUAAGGGCCCCGGGACCUCAGAAAGCGACCCCGUUUGGAAAUAGAGUGUUUGCGGGUGUGACCAAGGUAGGGCCCGAGCCCACUCGGAGCAGGGCAGGCCCUGCUAGGAGAGAGGAGGUGACACAGGCAGGGAGGAGGCAGGAGGGGGCUGACGCGGCCACAAGCCAGCGGACGAAGGAAGGACCCCCACGAGCACCUAGACUGGACACCUCUGGCCUCCAGGGAGUAAAUCUGAGCUGUUCCAAGGCCCGCCCUGCUCCGCCCGGCCUGCGGUCCCUUCCCCACCUCCGCGUUCUCCAGAGCGCGUCUCACCGGCCCGCACAGCAUUGCUUGCAAGCUUUCCCGCGUGUCCACCUGCCCCAGGACAGCAGCCCCAGGAGCCUCUGCCUGAGAGCAGCGCCGGGCACCGCGUCGGCCCCGCACAGACGUCUGUCCAGUGGAUCAGCUGCGUCGGUGUUUCCCAGGGCCUGCUUUAAGGACCCUGCUUAUUGUUUCGACUUUGUUGUGUCUUCCUCCUUUCUUUUCAAAGAAAGAAUUGGUUGGGAACGCUACGGUCUGUCUCAGGAAUCCUCAGGGCACAUUAGCAUGUUAAAUGCUCUGAGAAGUCGUGCAACAAAGGAACCAGAACUGCGAGGACCGCAGAACCCCUUCUGGUGCGGCUCCCAGCACCUGCUCGGGCCUGUGGCCUCCUCAGAUGGCCGGAGCCCAGCCCUAUACGGACAGAGAUCGGGGAGCCACAGAACGUAUUCUCGGCACCGCAUUCCUAGACAGUCUGCACUGGGACCGAGGGAAGGUGCCGGAAGCCAUCAGAGGAACGGGACAAGGUUGGAGGAUCCUGACCCCCAGGGAAGCGGGCACCCCUCCCAAGUGGGGCCCGGCACCCCAUCAGCGCUCGCACUCGGGAGCCCAGAGACCCUGCCCCAGCCCUGCCACCACAGGCAAGCCCAUGGAGAGGCCAAAGGCAGCCCCGCAGACACUCACCUGACCCCCCAGGGCAGGGCCUCCCGGGCGCUGGGGGCUCUGGGCACCUGCUCAGCCCGGGAGAGGUCACAGCAGGAAGCACACUCCCUGUGCUGAGCCCACCUUCCUCAGCCACGGCCGUGCUCCCACAUGUGCUCCCGCCUUCCUCUGCCGCCCCCCGCCAUCCGCUACACUUCCUCCUGCUCGGGGCCCCAGCAGGCUCCCUGAAUGCUCCCACCCCCACCCCCACCCCGGGCCUCCCCUGCCCAUCUGCACCCCAAAGCCACCCCAAAGCCCCAGCUGGCUCUGUGCUCCCCUUCACACCCCAUCACAUCAGCAUCCUCGAGCAACCAGCCUCCCGUCAGGCCUCACCUCCCAGAGCUCGGUGGGAGCUGAGCGACAGGGGGCAGGGUCCCAGGCUCAGGACCCUCCCCAUGUGAACCCCCCAGUCCCUCCCCUUCCCAUGCCGGCAGCCCAGACACCGGGGAACAAGUGGGUGUCCGGAGAGGCUGGAUCACAGGGCUUUUUCUGGAACAUUCAAAUAAACAGAUAAAACCCAAAUACGUAAAUAAGUAAAUCCUGCACUAAAAAUGAUCCUUUAAAAACAACUGAGGGGCGCCUGGGUGGCUCAGUCGGCUAAGCAUCCGACUUCAGCUCA